AUGCGCUCCCCUGAUUUAUUCCGCUGCCCGGUUUCUCCAUUCGUCUCCCUUCCUCGCCCGUCUUCUCUUUCCUAUCCCUUCAUCUCCCUUGGCCUCCCUUCUUGUCAUCUCCCUUCGUCUUUCUUCCUCUUCCUUCCUCUCCCUUCCUCUCCCUUCCUCCCCCUCCUCUCCUCUCCCUCCCCCAUUCCUCCCAGGCCUCCCAUUGGGCAGCUUCCAGAAUUCGCCAACCGAGGCCUCUCAUUGGGCAGCUUCCGGAAUUCGCCAAUCGCGAACCGAAGCCCAUACCUGCGUCCGAGCCUGCGCCGCUAG